GUCGUACCUUGUAUCGGCCGGUGUGUCAUAUUCAAUGGCUUGUAUAAUGCGGUCUGGAGGGACUUCAUUCGCGAUCAGAGUGUCUUUGACCAGAUCGAUUUGCUGCGGCGUCGUGUUCAGGACAAGCACCAGAUGCUUGCCGGUGCAAUGAAGUUGGAUAAAAGAGCAAAGCACAUUGAAUAAACCCAAGCCUUUGGAUAGAAUCAAGAGACCAUCUUCAGCCACGAUUUCCGUCAGAAUCUGUUUCUGAAAUUCGAGCAUGAGGAGUGCAAACAAGGCAUUCACAGACGAAUUCAAUCUGCGUCUUUCAUUUCGCAUGGACAAUAAUGGGAAAUUGUUUAACCGCUUUGAUCGACCAAUCUCCAUCGGAAAUGAUCCGCACAGCAGCAGGUUAUCUCUGUGCCGCUGUAAAUAUCUCUUGGAAAGCAGUAUAUUGAAGAAAAUGUGGAUUUUGCCAUCCCGUGCAGAAAGGGUAACCAUCAUUUUAGGAUUUUCUUCAAAACUAACUGCGAGAGUUGCGUGCAAGGUGUCAUGCUACUCAUUAAGAUCGGCUCGCCUGGACCGUGUCUAUGGAUACAUUGUCGUCUCUAAAGCAAGACCCAUAAUCAAUGCCGGGUUUAACAAAACCGAAAACACACAAUCAUGGAAGUGCCAAACAGUUCCAGCACCUCUGGGCAACAGGUUGUAUCACAAAGCUGACUGCCCUUUUCAUGUACUCCAAUAUGUUAUCAGAUAGAGGCUACGGUGACUAUCCUUCUGUAUUUAAUGAUCACGCUCAGCAUUAGACAUCGGCUUUCGUUCGUUGCAACUUAUGGUCGUCGUUACCAAGCGGAAAAAGA